AUCGCCAUGAAGUUCUCUAAAUCGAUGACUCCCACUAGUGAUUUAUGUUUGCGACAUGAGUUCUUCGAUGAUGAUGAAGACGAAGAAGAGAGUGUCAUGGAGUGUAAAGAAGAAAAGGUAAGUAAUCUUCUUGACAUGAGUCAUUCAGCUAUGGCUUCCUAUCCUAUCUCAGCUUACCUCUCUAUAUUGGAUAACAGCAAUUGCCUUUUCUCCUCUUCCGCUUCUGCUAGUCCCAAAAUGAGCCAUAAGAGAUUGAGAAAGACACCCAACAGCGAAGAAUCUAUUGGAAGUAACGAUACUCCUUUAAGUAAUAGUAGUAACGGUUCGAUAAACCAUGGCGACAGUAGUGCUAGUUUGAUUAGUUUGCCACGACUCCAAUUUCGUGAUCACAUUUCAACUUACAAGGAAAGGUACUUUGCUGCUGAAGCCAUGGAAGAAGCUGCGACUGCAAUGAUUGGAAGAGAUGUUGAAUAUAGAGAUGAAGAAGUUAACGAGGAUGGAAUAAAACUGGUUCAGUUGCUAUUUUCUUGUGCCGAGGCAGUUGCUUGCCGUGAUAGGUGUCAUGCUUCAGCCUUAUUAUCUGAACUUCGGAAUAAUGCUAAAAUUUUCGGGACUUCUUUUCAACGAGUUUCUUCUUGUUUCGUCCAAGGUCUUGCUGAUCGUCUGUCGUUGGUUCAACCACUUGGGGCAGUUGGCAUUGUCACUACUUCGGAUUCAACAUCGGCAAAAUCGUUGGAUAAGAAACAGGAAGCCUUAAGCCUUGUUUAUGAGAUAUGUCCACAUAUUCAAUUUGGUCAUUUUGUUGCCAAUCUAUCAAUAUUGGAAGCCUUCGAGGGAGAGAGUUUUGUUCAUGUUGUAGACUUAGGUAUGACUCUAGGUUUACAAUAUGGACUUCAAUGGCACGGGUUGAUCGAUAGCCUUGCUAACCGUGCUGGGGAACCACCACGUGGUAUUCGUAUAACCGGUGUAGGAAAUUCCACGAUGCAUCUUCGAUCUAUCGGAGAGGAGUUGGAGGUUUAUGCGCGCAGUUUGGGAUUAAAUUUUGAGUUCUCUCUAGUAGAAAGCAACUUAGAGAAGUUGAAGAAAGAGGACUUCAAUCUUUAUGAAGGUGAAGUUGUUGUUGUAAACAGCAUCCUGCAGCUGCAUUGUGUGGUUAAAGAGAGUAGAGGAGCUCUUAAUUCAGUACUCCAGGUAAUUCAUGAACUUUGUCCAAGAGUUUUAGUUCUAGUUGAGCAAGAUUCAAGCCAUAAUGGACCUUUCUUCUUAGGCAGGUUUAUGGAGGCUCUACAUUACUACUCUGCUAUAUUUGACUCUCUCGACACAAUGUUACCUAAGUACCAUACGAAACGUGCUAAGAUCGAACAAUUCUACUUUGCGGAAGAGAUUAAGAAUAUAGUUAGCUGUGAAGGGCCAGCAAGAGUUGAACGGCAUGAAAAGGUUGACCAGUGGCGUCGAAGGAUGAGUCGUGCUGGUUUUCAACCAGCACCAAUAAAGAUAAUUUCCCAGGCCAAGCAAUGGUUGGAGAAGCUCAAUGUGUGUGAAGGUUACACAAUUGUGGAAGAAAAGGGUUGCUUGGUUCUUGGCUGGAAAUCCAAGCCGAUUGUUGCAGCUUCAUGUUGGAAGUGCUGAAUCAAACUUACCCGAAAGACAAAUUGAAACCCAUCUCUUCAUCUGAAGGUAAACCCAUCUCUUCGUCCGAUACUUCUUCCUCUUCAUCGGAAUCUAUUUUUUUCUUGUUCGAUCUCGUCUUCUCCGACAGUCGCACAAGCUUUCGCUGUUUCCAGGCCAUCAACUCCUCAUAGCUGAACAGCCUAACCUCACCUUUUCCCUCCACAAUCCCUUGGUCACUCUCCUCCUUCUGCCGCUGCUCCUCCCGGAGCUUCAUGGCUGUCUCUUGUUUCCGUCUCCAAAGCUCCGUCUCUAGUUUCCGUGAGCGACUUUUUGUACGAGUACUACGUUGGGGAAGAAACAUGUAUCCCUGUAUUACAAUGAAAUUAACAUGAUGAAAUCAUUCAAAAAGAUAA